UUUCCGGUUCGACAGCUGAAUUUCUUCUUAGGUUUUUCUUUUUUUCGGUGGGAAGUUGGGAAUCUUAGUAGCUGAAAAUGGUGUGGAUGUUAUAGAACUAUUUUUAGGUGUUAAAAUUGCAAAAAUUAAUGUGGUGAUGUAGAGGGGUUGAUGUGGAUGACAUAGGUGAUUUGGGAUUGUUUUUUGCUUGGUUUUUGAUAGAUGGAGCUGCAUAAACAAUUCCCAUAAACAGUGCCGUACUGUACAGGGCCGGCCAUGACUUGAUCUCUCCAUGUUUGCUUAUUAAACUCCACUUUACUCUGGAGAUCGAAGAAGGUUCUCAUAACAGUGAACAGCUGCUUGAUGACGACGACAAUGAACUUGGUAUUGAAAGUAAUGAUCUUGAUAUUGUAGAAAAUGACCUUGAGAUUGAAGAGAAUGACCUUGAUAUUGAUGGAAACGGCCUUGAGAUUGAAAGCAAUGACCUUGAGAAUGACUGUGAUGGAUUGCUUGAUAUUGACGGCGAUGACCAUGGAGAUAAUGGAGAUGAUAUAGUUGUGGUUGAUCAUGAAAAUGGUGUAACUGAAGGACAGGGCUAUCUGCCACCAGUUGCAGGAAUGGAAUUUGAAUCCUAUGAAGAUGCUUACAAUUAUUAUAAUUGCUAUGCUAAGGAACUAGGGUUUGCUAUCAGGGUGAAAUCUUCAUGGACAAAGCGAAAUAGCAAAGAGAAACGUGGUGCAGUUCUCUGCUGCAACUGUGAAGGCUUUAAAACAAUUAAAGAAGCAAACAGUCGUAGGAAGGAAACAAGAACUGGGUGCCUUGCAAUGAUAAGGUUGAGGUUAGUGGAAUCUAAUAGGUGGAGGGUGGAUGAAGUCAAGCUUGAACACAAUCACUCAUUUGACCCAGAAAGGGCACAAAAUUCUAAGUCACAGAAGAAGAUGGAUGCUGGGACUAAAAGAAAGGCUGAGCCCGCUGUCGAUGUUGAAGUAAGAACCAUCAAGUUAUACCGAACACUUGCUGCUGAUCCAAUUAGUUAUGGAAGCUCAAUUUCUAAUGAGGGAGAGAUCAGUAAAAAUAUAGAUCAAUUAAGGCGCUUGAAACUUAAGAAAGGAGAUGCUGAGAUUAUAUAUAAUUAUUUCUCCCGGGUUCAGCUUACUAACCCAAACUAUCUCUACUUGAUGGAUCUCAGUGAUGAAGGAUGUUUGAGAAAUGUGUUCUGGAUUGAUUCUCGAUCAAGGGCUGCAUAUGCUCACUUUGGUGAUGUGGUGGCAUUUGAUACAACAUGCUUGUCAAAGAGAUAUGAGAUUCCACUUGUAGCAUUUGUUGGAGUGAAUCACCAUGGACAAUCGAUUCUCUUGGGCUGUGGUUUGCUUGCGGAUGAGACAUUUGAAACCUAUAUUUGGUUAUUUAGAGCAUGGCUUACAUGUAUGCUAGGUCGCCCUCCGCGGACAAUCAUCACGUAUCAAUGUGAAGCCAUGCAAAGUGCAAUAGCAGAGGUUUUUCCCAGGGCUCAUCAUCAUCUGUGUUUGUCACAUGUUAUGCAAAGCAUUCUUGAGAAUGUCAUAGGGUUGCAAGAUUCUGAGACAUUUCAAAUGGCACUGAGUAAGAUAGUUUAUGGCUCUCUAAAGGUGGAUGAAUUUGAAAUGGCUUGGGAAGAUAUGAUAUUGUGUUUUGGACUUUCAAAUUAUGAGCUUCUCCGAACUUUGUAUGAAGAUCGAGAACGAUGGGUUCCAGUUUACCUUAGAGAUUCAUUUUUUGCUGGGUUGUUCCCUUUCCAACAAGGCAAGUCCUCCAUGACCCCAUUUUUUAAUGGUUAUGUUCAUCAACAUACUUCACUGAAAGAAUUCUUUGACAUGUAUGAUUUAGUUCUACAGAAGAAGUAUCAACAGGAAGUACUUGCAGACAUAGAGUCUAGAGAUUCAAGCUCCUUGUUAAAAACAAAGUGCUUGUAUGAGUUGCAGCUUUCUAAGAUAUACACAAAUGACAUAUUCCAGAAGUUUCAGGAAGAGGUUUCAAAGAUGUCUUCUUGUUUUGGCAUUGCACAAGUUCAUACUAAUGGAGCGAGCAUUACAUUCACAAUUAAGGAAUGUGAAGGAGAAGGGAAUCUGAGGGAUGUCAGGAACUUUGAGGUUCAGUACGAUAAAACUGGGCCAGAAGUUCGUUGCAUUUGCGGUGGUUACAACUUCACUGGAUAUCUGUGCCGGCAUGCUUUAUGUAUUCUUAAUUACAAUGGUGUGGAGGAAGUUCCGUAUCAGUAUAUCUUACCAAGAUGGAGAAAGGAUUUUAAGAGACUGUAUGUUGCAGACCCUGGAUACAACAAUGUUGAUAUCACUAACCCAGUUCAGUGGUUUGAUCAUUUGUACAGAAGAGCAAUGCAGGUAGUUGAAGAAGGGAUGAAAUCGCAAGAUCAUUAUACCGUUGCUUGGCAAGCAUUUAAGGAGUCUUUGAAUAAGUAUAGGAGAUAAAUACUACAAAGUGAUGCACAUAAUCCCAGUUAGCAAAAGGAUGGACUUUAAAUGGACAAGAUGUUUUUGUAUGGCCUGAGAAGAUUGAGCUGAAAGAUGGUGCUUGUGGGUGUUGAAAGAGAAAUGGACAGGUUCCUAUUCUAGCCCCAUAAAUGACAUUUGAUUUGUUGCAAACUAAAAAGCCAGAAGGUGAACCUUGUGCAUCUGUCCUUCCUGUACGUGCGAAGACUAAUCAGAGGGAGCCUACCCUUGGUGUUAGAAGAGAAUGGCAAGCAAUUUUGGUAUGUGGACGGUCUUACUUGAACAUAAUCUAUUCUAUAGGCUUUGUAUCUAUGUAUUCUUGAGUUCUAAGGAGAUAGAAUUUUAAGUGUAGUGGAUGAAUCAUGACUGUGAUCAGAGUGUGAUUAAUG